AUGAAUAAACUUGAACUACAUUUUUCUAAUAUCAGACGUUUGUCAACUGGAAUGGCCAAAUCGAUGUUGCGUAAUAUGAAUUCCGAAGAUGUACGUGUUUAUACUACAAUUGCAGGAAUUAGUUGUGGAUCGCUUAUAGGCGUUUGGAAAAUGAUCAGGCAAGCUGAAGAGCAGGUUGAUAAACGGAUCAAUAAUACUAUUGAACAGGUUGAUAGACGAAUCAAUAAUACUAUUGAUCAGGUUGAUAAACGGAUCGAUAAUACUAUUGAUCAGGUUGAUAAACGGAUCGAUAAAGCAGAAGAACGGGUUAAUAAACGAAUAGAUCAAGCUGAAGAACGGCUUAAAGAACGGAUUGAUAAUGUUAAGGACGACGUUAAUAAACGGAUGGAUGACGUUAAUAAAGUAGGUUACGUUACUUAA